AGAGAGAGAGAGAGAGAGGGAGGGUGAGAGAGCAAGAGAGAGAGAGAGAUGUAGGUGCACAGUGUAAAAUAAUAAUCCUCGCAUCUUCAACUGUUGAUGUGACACGGAACAGCCACACAUCAUUUCCAUUCAGGAAAUUUGAGAUUUUAAAGCAAACCUCGCCUUUGACUUUCUCUGCAAUUUCGUUACAUUUCGGGACUAAUUAGAAACUGGCAAGGGCAACGCAAAAAGAGGUACAUUUUUACUCUGCAUCAAUGCAGUAUGCGGGACACUGACGACUGAUCACAAUGUUAAUAUCCCUUCUGGAUCUAUAUUUUCUUACUGGAUCUUCACCCUUUGCUAAGCAUUCUUCAGGGUGGAAUUUAGUGACUUGCUGAAAAAAAGGAGGCGUGAGUGGAAGCAAUCCGCUGCAUUACAAUCAGAGAGCAAUUGUGAAUCCUCGCUCAUUGAUAUUGCCAGCAUUACUUUCUGGACCAGUUUACUUGAAUGCACGCUCACCAGUUCGCUACAAAGGGGGGUAGAGAGGAAAGAAGAGAAGAAAACUGAUGCAGGCUGGGACAAACCAUAACUGCAAGAGAAAAAACGCCGCGACUGUUGCAUCGGAGCUCUGCGAGUGAAGACCUGCGCCCUGUUAAGCGGGGCUGCUUAUGGGCGUUUAGCUGAAAAGAAGGCACUGCAUUUGAAUUCAGCGGCUGUGCAGCACCAUCCCUUGAAAAUUAUUAAAGGAAAGCAGCUGUAUUUAAGCACAUUUAUGGAUUGACCAUUCCUGCCGCAGCAUUUGUAUCCCUCUCCCAUCCAUAUCACUGUGAACCUGAUACAUCUGCCUAAUGACAAUUAAUACUACGAACGAUCAUUUUGUUGUGCAGAUCAACAGGUUUGCAAGUAUAGCCAAAAUCUCGAUAACAACGUAAAGCGCGCAUUUGGAGAGAGGGGGAUGUACCUUACUGUUUUAUUUUUCCUUUUUCUGUGGGCGCAAGCCCUGACAUCGAAAAACCUUAAUUAUUCUGUCCCAGAGGAGCAAGGGCCUAGGUUUCAGAUUGGCAGCAUUGCCAAAGAUGCCAGGCUCGGACCUGCGGACCGAAAUAAGAAAUCAAACUUUCGGGUUUUGGAGAAUUCCGCACCGCACCUUAUCGACGUGGACCCCGAGAGCGGAAUGCUGUACACCAAGCAGCGCAUCGACAGGGAAACACUGUGCAGACGAAACCCCAAGUGCCAGCUCUCUUUGGAAGUGUUUGCCAACGACAAAGAGAUCUACAUGAUCAAAGUGGACGUCCAGGAUAUAAACGACAAUGCUCCCAGCUUCCCAUCGGAUCAAAUUGAUAUUGACAUUUCGGAAAACGCAGCGCCUGGGACCCGCUUUCCCCUGACAAGCGCGCACGAUCCUGACUCUGGUGAAAACGGGCUAAAGACUUAUCAGAUCACCCGUGACGAUUACAAUCUUUUUUCACUGGAUGUAAAAUCCAGAGGAGACGGGACCAAGUUCCCCGAGUUAGUCAUCCAGAGACCUUUGGAUAGGGAAGAGCAGAGCCAUCACACCCUUAUACUGACGGCUUUGGAUGGAGGAGAACAUCCCAGAUCAGGGACUGUACAGAUCAACGUGAAAGUUAUCGACUCCAAUGACAAUAGCCCAUCGUUUGAACAGCCUUCCUACACUGUGGAAAUCCCCGAAAAUGCCCCCGUGGGCUCGGUUCUGAUAGAUUUAAACGCUACAGAUCCGGAUGAAGGCACCAAUGGGCAGGUUGUUUAUUCUUUCAGCAGCUACACGCCCGACAGGAUCCGAGAGCUUUUCUUCAUUGAUCCUAAAACAGGUGUCAUAAAGAUUCAGGGGGAAAUUGACUAUGAGGAAAGUGGAAUAAUUGAGAUUGAUGUUCAGGCAAAGGAUUUAGGACCCAAUCCAAUUCCUGCCCAUUGUAAAGUCACAGUCAAAGUAAUUGAUAAAAAUGACAAUAUGCCCUCAAUUGGUUUUGUUUCAGUCCGGCAGGGGGCCAUUAGUGAGGCAACCCCGCCUGGCACUGUCAUUGCCCUGGUUAGGGUGGCAGACAAGGAUUCAGGCAGAAAUGGUCAGCUCCAAUGCAGAGUGCUGGGCAAUGUGCCUUUCCGACUUGAGGAGAACUAUGACAAUUUUUACACUGUAGUCACAGAUAGGCCUUUAGACAGGGAAGUCCAGGAUGAAUACAAUGUCACCAUUGUGGCCAAAGACAAUGGGGUUCCACCCCUCAAUUCAACCAAAUCUUUCACAGUCAAAAUCUUAGAUGAAAAUGAUAACGCGCCCCGUUUUACUAAACCGGUUUACCUUCUGCAGGUGCCAGAGAAUAACAUCCCCGGGGAAUAUUUGGGCUCGGUUCUAGCCCACGAUCCAGAUAUGGGCUUGAAUGGUACUGUGUCAUAUUCAGUUUUGCCAUCGCAUGUAGGGGAUGUGUCUAUUUACACAUAUGUGUCAGUGAACCCCACAAAUGGAGCCAUUUACGCAUUAAGAUCCUUUAACUAUGAGCAAACUAAGUUUUUUGAGUUUAAAGUCCUGGCAAAGGAUUCAGGGUCACCUCAUUUGGAAAGUAAUGCGACUGUCCGCGUCAGCGUUUUAGAUGUGAAUGACAAUGCUCCUGUGAUCGUUUUACCACUCCUGCAGAACGACACAGCUGAAAUUCAUGUACCUCGAAAUGUCGGGGUGGGCUACAUUGUGACCACAGUAAGAGCUGUGGAUAAUGAUUAUGGAGAAAGUGGGCGGCUGACUUAUGAGAUUUCCGAUGGGAAUGAGGAUCACUUGUUUGAGAUAGACUCAGUUACUGGGGAGAUCCGGACUGUGCACCCUUUCUGGGAGGAAGUAGCACCAGUUGCUGAGCUCAUAGUAAAAGUGACAGAUCACGGAAAACCCACCCUUUCUGCUGUGGCUAAACUGAUCAUUAAAGCCUAUACUGGUUCCCCACCAGAAGGGGAACCACGGAUAAAUGAGGAGCAGCAUCACUGGGACAUGUCAUUGCCUUUAAUCGUCACUUUGAGCAUCAUUUCCAUCAUUCUACUUGCUGCCAUGAUUACCAUAGCUGUAAAGUGCAAGAGGGAAAACAAAGAGAUCAGGACUUAUAACUGCAGGAUUGCAGAGUACUCACAUCCCCAGUUAGGCAAAAACAAGAAGAAAAAGAUCAAUAAGAACGAUAUCAUGUUGGUGCAAAGUGAAGUUGAGGAGAGAGAUGCUAUGAAUGUCAUGAAUGUGGUCAGUAGCCCCUCGCUUGCCACUUCCCCUAUGUAUUUUGAUUAUCAGACCAGAUUACCCCUGAGUUCACCCAGGUCAGAGGUUAUGUACCUGAAACCCACCUCUAACAAUCUGACUGUUCCUCAAGGACAUGUUGGCUGUCACACCAGUUUUACAAGCUCUGUGACAAACACAACUGAGACUCCAGUUAAUAGGAUGUCAAUAAUUCAGACAGACAAUUUUCCCGCAGAGCCCAAUUACAUGGGCAGCAGGCAGCAGUUUGUUCAAAGCAGUUCAACAUUCAAAGACCCCGAGCGUGCAAGUCUAAGAGACAGUGGGCAUGGAGACAGUGACCAGGCUGACAGUGACCAGGACACCAAUAAAGGCUCCUGCUGUGACAUGUCAGCUAAGGAAGCCCUCAAGAUGAAAUCCACUACAGUUAAACCCCAGCCGCUCGCACCAGAGCAAGAAGAGUGCGUUAAUUGCACGGAUGAGUGUCGAGUACUAGGCCAUUCUGACAGGUGCUGGAUGCCACAGUUUCCCUCAGCCAACCAGGCAGAAAAUGCAGAUUAUCGCACAAAUCUUUUUGUACCAGCAGGAAUGGAAGCAAAUGUUGAGACUGAAACAUAUGAAACAGUAAACCCCAAUGGGAAAAAGACUUUCUGUACUUUUGGAAAAGAAAAAAGAGAUCACACCAUCCUUGUAGCCAAUGUUAAACCUUAUUUGAAAGCCAAGCGUGCGUUAAGCCCCUUGCUGCAAGAGGUUCCUUCAGCUUCAAACAGCCCCAACAAGAUGUGCAUCCCUGGAUGCACGUCUGCAAAAGGACUCAUUGAAGGCUGUGAGGGGAAGCAGGGCAACUUUGCAGAGACAAGUAGUCAGUGUCUGUCACCAAAUAAACAAUUAAAAGACUCUACAUACCUCCCGUCUGAUCCAAUGGCUAAAGUCCUUGCUGAUGUGCGUUCUCGGGUGAGCCGGGAUUCAACUGAAAUGGACUGUGUACUAGAACAGCUGGAUCAGUCUAACCCAGAGAUAAGUCGAGAGGCCAUGGAUGCAGAACAGGUGGUGCGCGAAAUUGACAAACUUUUACAGGACUGCCGAGGAAGUGAAGCCACCACAGUAAGGAAAUGAACGUAAAAUGAACGAAGAACAUAAUUAAAAAAACAAGCUGAAAAAAUCCUGGAACUCUAAUUUGUGUUCUCGAAUAAGAAGGACAAGUUUAGAAAGGACAUUUCCUGAGCAGAGAUGGUCCUUUGGACAGCAGAAGGCGCAGCUUUGGGCUUCUGAGCGAGCAUUUCAAGUGCCCACCAAUUCAUAACUUUUCACAACAGUUUGUCUUUCACAAGGAAUACCCAGUCCAUGUUUGAGGAAAAAAAGGACAUUCACAGUGCGAAACAAUGAGUGAUAUUUUGACAAUCACUUCAAAAAGAAAAGACAUACUUGGAAAUCUGGGCUUUUUUUUGAUCCUGUUCAGCAGAAGGACACAGUUACAUUUUGGAUCUCAUUAAAUUGUUGUUCAGAUGUUUAAGAGGUGAUGAUAAGGAAAGUAGAAAACAAAGCAAGCAGACCUUCACCUGUCAUCAGUGAUCACUUGUGGUAUACUGUAUUCCCUAUAUUUAUAAGCCACAUAGAACAUUCCAAAUCAGUGAAACUGUAAAACACAUCCUGAUCAUUGUGUGAACACAUCCUGUUUCAUGAAUUCCAGACCUUACAUGUGCAGUAAUGUCCAGCCAUCCUACUACCACUCAUAACUUAGGGACAUUUUUCUUGUACUGUGAAAAAAGAAAAACGAGAAAGAGAGAGAGUGUCCAAAAAUUAACACAGUUAUUUAUACAUUUUGUAAAAAUGUUAAAAAUUGCUAAAAGUGCAGUUACUUGUUAAAUAAUUAUUUAUUUAUGAACUGCAGAGGACACUGAAACUACUCUUUGAAAAAAAAAAUGUCCCUUUACUCGACCACAAUACACAAUACCAUUUAAUGUGCAAAUGUAUCGAAUUUAAUGUGUUUACAUCAAAGUACAUAUUUUUAUUGAUUUAUUGCAAUUUCUGUGCAUAUGAGCCAAAUUGUUAAGUGUAUAAGAGCUAUAUUGUGUAUUUUAUUAAAUUAAUAUAUAGUUGUGUUGCAAUAUACUUGGGCUUAUAUUGUAUUUGGCAACUGUUGCCUUAGUAGCUGUCGAACUCUAUGAGUUUAAUUUCAUUUUCUUCUGCUCCCUUGUCCCUCUGGAGUGUGGGUAGCAGUGCCUCAGAGCAAAGUCUCUUGUUUUAUGUAUAGUCAAAAUUUUUUAGAAUGCAUAAACUGCUCAACGCUUCAUGAGCCGUCUAAUAAAAGCAACAACCACAAAGGAGCAGAACACUUUUACUAACCUAAUAUAAUUUACAGGAGCAGCUAAGAUUUUAUUUUUUAUCUUGUAACUAAGUAAGGGAAAUGGAACAAUUAAAGCAUUUUGCAAAACCGAUCUAUUUAUCUGUCUACAUGUGUGCAUAUGUGUUUAUGCAUAUACGGUAUAGUCUGAGCAAGCAAUUGCGUAUUGAUCACAACAAUAUUUGCCUUAAAAAUCCAACUCAAAAUCUUAUGCUCGAAAGAAAAAUGCUGGAUGUCUUAUCCACAUAAAUAAAUGUUCAUUUUUAAGGACCAAAAAAAAAA